CGGGGCCGCGGUUGCCGCUGGAAACGGGAAUUGCCCAACGCGGCCGGCGCUGACUCACCCCGGGCGGGGCUCCACAACUUUUCCUCUUUUUAUUUUUAAUUUUUUUUCUUUUUCAAACAAUUCCAACCCCGAGCGGAGCGCGCCGCCUGUCCCAGCCAUGCCCACGGAGACGGAGCGCUGCAUCGAGUCGCUGCUGGCCGUGUUCCAGCGCUACGCCGGCCGCGAGGGCGACGCCUGCACCCUCUCCAAGCGGGAAUUCCGCGCCUUCAUGGACACCGAGCUGGCCGCCUUCACCAAGAACCAGAAGGACCCGGGCGUGGUGGACAGGAUGAUGAAGAAGCUGGACAUCAACAGCGACGGCCAGUUGGACUUCCAGGAAUUCCUGAACCUCAUCGGGGGCAUCGCCGUGGCCUGCCACGACUCCCUGGUCCUCAAAAAACCCUGAUUCCGGAGGCUCCGGAUCCUCCCGGAUCCCUUCUGGAACAUUCCACGGAAGUGACGGAACGGCCGCGUUCCCCCUUUUCCCCCCGCCCGGCUUUUUGUGGAUAAAUAAAAGGUUUAAAAGGUUUAAA